AUGGUACCCCCGCCGCAUUCGUCCCAGUCACAGCUAAGAUCAGGAACAUUCUCGCCUGUGCCAGCUCAGACGCUGCAGACGGGAGGGCUCAACCACUCUCCACACCCGUCCCAAGCUGGUGCCCUUAGUGCUGGUGCCAGCUCCAGUACCAACAGCCCGACCACGGGAAAUAGUAGCAUUAUCAAAAUCACCGUUGCCCAGGUCUUUCUGCUCUUGAGCACGCUCAAGGACGAUAAGGAUCGUGCCAAGUGGGAGUUGCAAGCAGAUCAGCUGAAGAAGCUCAUCGAUGAAAACGGCAUGGAAGUCUUCUCAAAAUACUUCGCCCGGUUGGUGACGCAAAAUGCGCCUACGAUCUUCCCCGCUCUCAACCGGCCGGUCAACGGCAACGGCAGCUACAGCUUUCUGGCCGCCGAGAUAAAAAAGAUAUCUCACGAUGUCGAUCAAGCACCUAAGAUAGCGGAGUCGAUCGAGCAAGGGACCGAGGAUAUCUUUCGGGAUUUCGACCUGUCAACCUUUAUGGAGCAUUUCAAAUUAGAUGCCCUCGAGAAGACGAUACUUGCGUUGGCGUUUAAGUUCGGUUCCAGAUCCGAUCUCAAGACCAAAGCUGACGCGAUCCUGUCAACCAACUUCCCAACCUUCGUCAACAUCAUCUCUCGUCCUGACUACGGCGCUCACGAUGACCUCACGCCCAGCUUCAUUGCCACCAUUGUCGACCGCUACAUACAAGGCCACCCCCCCAAUUUCAACGCCGUCGCUAAAUCGGAGCUCAGUCACAAGGUCAAGUCACGCUGGUCCCAGCCUGACCAGGCGCCGCCAAUGGAUGUUCUUUCUGCCUUGGACCUGGUCCGGGUACUGGGCGAGAAGCCUCCCAAUGCCCUUACCUUGUACAUUCAAAGGACAGGCGCCGAUUUUACGCGCGACGACGAAACGUGCCUAGCAUACCUUCAGAAUCGGCCGACGAAUAUCCAGCUCAGCGAGGAACAGGUCUCUUCAGCCUUGACGUACACAACUAUCAGCUUGACGCCAAGACACAACCCCUCCGUACUGGUUGCUGCCUUGAAGCGCGUGUUGCCCGAAACUUUCAGUUGGCAGGAUGUGGUGGGAUUUUUCGACCAGCGAGAUGUGCGUGUGUCUUCAGAACAGUUCUUGCGUCUGUAUAAUGCGCUGCUCCCGAUUGCCCAGACCCAAGAUGCGAAUGCGCCCGCGUUCCAAAUCGAGCGUCUCUGGGGAGGAUCUCAUUGGGAAAAUCCGGAGACCCAGCUAUCCUUCAUCUGCGCAUUUGCCUCAUUGACACCUGACGAGCUCAACGCAAGCACCAUUCCCGAUCUUGAACCGACCUUUACCCUAGAUGAAUAUGACCAGGCUCCCGGCGAAGCCAUUCGGGCACGGGCUUCCGUGGCAGUAAAGCACCCACUCGUCUCGGUGGCCGCCCUCUCGGCCAUUUUCCAAGUCGCAUUGCACUCCCUGCAUGCUUCACAGACCCUCGAGGCCAAGCGUCUAUUCCAGGAAGUUGUCGUUCCCAAUCUAGACAUCUUCAUCGUGUCGGCCUUUGGUGUGCCCAAGCCCUGGCCCCUCAUGGCUGUGGAAACCUUGGUCUCCCUCUUUGACAAUUUUCUCCACGAACGAACAGCGCACCACGAUUUCGUGCUGGACAGUCUCUGGAGGAAGGACAAGGAAUGGGUCGUGCAGAGACUGGUAGACGCUCAUGCCAUGAAGCCCAUGGACUUGGAACUCAUCUACAAUCACAUUAUGAAACAUCAGUGGCUCGAUGACCUCGUGUAUCUGCCAAGUGGCUUUGGUUAUGAUCUAGCAGCCUUUGCUCAUGCACGGGGCGAUUUGGACCUUGCCGACUGGGCGCGCAAUGUAGCAGAGAGAGGGGGUGUCGAGAUUUCUGGGUCUCUCACACGAUUCCUCAUGAUCAAGGCCAAUAUGGAGUUGCAAAACCAAAGACAACCCGACGGCCAGCUUCAACCGACUAGUACAACUUUGCAAGUUAAGACAGUACAUGCUAUGCUGCAAAUUAUUGAAGAUUUCAUGGAAAAUAAGCCUUUCCAGGAUCUGAUUCUGCUGCAGCGGCAUUGCAUUGUUGUCUACGCGCGGCUCAUCAACUAUGGUCAAGGUUAUGAUGAUAUCAUCGACGCCAACAGCCGACAAGGGAAUUCUCUCCCGCCGGCUGCAAAUGUCCGGAUGGAGGAGCAUUACAAGACCAUGUACGGCAAUGAGAUACAGGUCAAGGACAUAGUGGACACUUUGAAGCGCUACAAGCAUUCCCGGGAUGGUCUCGAUCAAGAUGUUUUCGCGUCAAUGAUUCAAGGGCUCUUCGACGAAUAUACUCACUACGUGGACUAUCCCCUCGAGGCUUUGGCGACAACUGCUGUGCUUUUUGGUGGCAUAAUAUCUCACAACUUGAUUACGGAUCUUCCUCUCAAGAUCGCUCUAGGUAUGAUUCUGGAAGCUGUCAGGGAUCAUCCUCCCGAGCAACCCAUGUACAAGUUUGGUCUUCAGGCUUUGAUGCAACUUUUCCCUCGGUUCAGAGAAUGGCCAACAUUCUGCAGGGAGCUCGUCCAGAUCCCUGGGCUACAGAACACAGAGGCCUGGAAAAAGGCUGAGGAGGUGGUUCGAGACCAAGCUGACGAUUUUCCACCGGUCGAGAACGGCAAUCCUGGCGCUCCUCACGCGCAGAGUCAGACAUUAGUCAAUGGCAACAUGGACGACUCGCACGGUAUCGAGCCUCGCGCUGCUCCGUUCGCCUCGAUCAAUCUUGACCCCCCUCCUCCCAAUGCUGUUUUCGAGGAACCCACUGUUGAGCAUCAGGAUACAAUCCAGUUUAAACUCAACAACUUGACUGCCGCGAGACUCCAGUCCACCUUUGGGGAAAUCAAGGCAAUCUUCGAUCAACGAUACCAUCAAUGGUUUGCGAGCCAUCUGGUCGAGGAGCGAGCAAAGAUGCAACCCAACUACCAUCAAGUCUACCUUGAUUUUGUGAAACUCUUCCAAGACAAGGCACUGUUGGCCGAGGUACUGCGACAAACGUACAUCAGUACGGCUCGCAUGCUCAAUGCUGAAAGCACCAUGCAAAACUCCACGGAACGGACCCAUCUCAAGCACCUUGGUGCCUGGCUUGGUCUUCUGACAAUCGCCAGAGACCAACCCAUCAAGCAUCGGAACAUUGCCUUCAAGCAGCUUCUCAUCGAGGGGCAUGAUACCAAGCGGUUAAUUGUUGUAAUUCCGUUCGUCUGCAAGGUUCUCCUUCAAGGUGUUAGGUCUACCGUGUACCGGCCUCCCAACCCGUGGCUUAUGGACAUUGUUCGACUUCUUGUCGAGCUUUACAAGAGUGCUGACUUGAAGCUUAACUUGAAAUUCGAGAUUGAAGUGCUUUGCAAGGACUUGAAUCUGGACCAGCAGACCAUUGAACCGUCACAGGAGCUUCUGAAUCGAGCACCAGUUGACGAUGUUGGCGAGCUAGCCGCACCCGACACGCUGGAGCCAUAUGAGAAUCUAUCGCUUAACGGUAUGGCCGGGGGCAUUCCAACCGGCCUUCCACCUAAUCCAAUGCCUGUGUCCAUCCCGGACUUUUCAGGUGCCCUUCAGAUUCCCCCAACCAACGAGAUGGUUGUCGGCAAGGAUCAACUGCAACAAAUCGUGCGCCAGGCCCUUACCCGGGCACUUUCGGAUAUCAUUCAACCCGUAGUCGAUAGGUCCGUCACGAUUGCUGCGAUAUCAACCCAGCAGAUGAUCCAUAAAGACUUUGCGACAGAGCCGGAUGAGAACAAGAUUCGCACGUGUGCAAUUAACAUGGUGAAGGCGACAGCCGGCAGCCUGGCCUUGGUGACUUCCAAAGAGCCUCUCCGAGCCAAUUUCACCAACCACAUGCGGAAUCUCUCGAAUGAGCUACCACAAGCUCUGCCAGAAGGCACUAUCAUCAUGUGUGUCAACAUGAACAUCGAUAUUGCAUGCAAAUACAUCGAGGACAAGGCCGCGGAAAGAGCCAUUCCCGAGAUAGACGAACUCAUUGAACCAGAACUGGAUAAUCGCCGCCGCCACCGUGCACAGCGCCCAAAUGAGCCUUAUGUCGAUCCAUCCCUGACACGAUGGGCUAUGACUAUACCCCAUCCAUACAAGCUUUCACCUAGCAUGAGUGGUCUCAACGGAGAGCAAAUGGCAAUUUACGAGGAUUUUGCCCGACAGCCUCGAGCUGUGCUGCCGACCAGUGCCCAGGCGCAUGCCUCUUCUGCUUCUGAUACCACAAGGAAUAUUGCAAACGAGGUUCUACAAGAAACGUACAGUGCAGUGCCGAAUGUGCCUACGCCGGCCGAAACGCCUUCCCUUCCGCACUUGCCAACUCAGCUACCUUACCCUCAUGUCCACCAAGGCAUGACCAAUGGUCGUCCAGCCGCCCAUCCUACCCAGGUUGAUGCUAGAGGUCUUGCCGACAGGGUCACUAAGUUCUUGGUCGAACUCCAACGUGCGGCCACAGAAUCACACGAGGAACACUUCAGCGAGCUCCCGAGACCCCACCCAGUCUUGGACGCUGUGGAUGCUCUCACCCAGCUCAUCAUCAGAACAUCUCAGAGCUCCGAAGACUUUGCCUUCUUCGCUGCGGAGAAGAUAUGCCAACUCAUGUUCAACCAGGUCGAUCACACACUCUUUCUGGAGAGUCUUGUCCACGUCCUUGAACUUUUGUUAAAGAUUGCUGCCGGCUCCGGCACGGCCCUCCACGAACGCGUGCAAGCCAUUUUCUACCAACAACCACCCCAGGUCUUCCUCAAUCUUCCGCUUGUUACUGCUCUUCUGAGAACAGAUUUGUUGAACUUACAAGUCGUCGACAUCGCCAUGUCCAAGUCACUGGCUCAUAAGGAGGAAAACUCACUCGAGUUUUUCGAGCGGCUUCUGGACCUGACCUUGUUCAAUGAUAGGCCUGUCGCACUCUUCGCCGAUUUUGUCCGAAGCUUAGAAAAUGCGUGGACUUGGAUUUCUGAGGAGCCUGAACUAGAAGUCAGUCAGCGCUUGAAGGCCAAGAUUCAAGGCUCGGGUCUUCCCCCGCCGCCAAAUCAGGUAUCCGACGCUUCUAGCCAGCGCCAGGACCAGUUUGACUAUAUUUUUGAGGAAUGGAUGCGUCUAGUCAGCAACUACCAUGCCCCUGACAAAGCUCUUGUCGCGUUUGUUAAGCAACUGCGAAGCAACAAUCUCAUCGCCAACAAAGAUGAUUUCAUGACCUUCAUACGGGGUGCUCUCGAUAUGUCUAUUGCUCAUUAUGAGCAGCUUAUUCUUGCGGGCGGUAUUGGUACCGAUGCCUUUGCCUGUGUAGAUGCCUUGGUCAAGUUGAUUGCCUUGUUCGCCAAGGAAAACAUCACGGAGCCCGGUGGAGCCGUCGCGAUCCUCGAGGGUGCCCUGCUUGUUGCCAUCAUCGUACUCAAUCACCACCACGUGACAAGAGGCGAACUUUUCAACCAGCGCGUGUUCUUGCGCUUCUUCUCGAUGUUAAUGCAUCAGUCGGACUCCAUCUUUGACCUAUCCGCACAAGGCGCAAUCGUCGGUCAAGAGGGCAUUGAAGUGCAUCAACGAGAGUUCCUUCUGAAACUCGCCGACACAUUCCUGCAGCUUGCACCCACGCGCUUCCCGGGCUUUGCCUUUGGCUGGCUCGUUCUCAUCCAGCAUCGGCAAUUCUUGCCUGAUUUGAUGAACCUCGACGGCAGGCGUGGAUGGUUGCCAUUUACUAAGAUCAUGGUGGCACUUCUCUCCUUUGCGAGCGAGCACAUGAAGACGAUCGACGUACACGACGUUGCCAAGGAUUUCGUCCGCAGCACCACCAAGUUCUUGGUGGUUGUCCAGCAUGACUACCCCGAUUUCAUCGUGGCAAACUACGCACGGCUCUGCGCCAGCAUCCCGCCGCACAUUACGCAAUUGCGGAACAUCGUCCUCAUGGCUAGCCCUCGCACGGAAGCCCUCGAUUCCAUUGAUGCAAUUGCUAGCGAGGUGGACAAUGCCAGGGAAUAUCUCAGAGACAACGGUCUGCUAGAACUUCUGGAUCAGCUCCUGCAAGAUGGCCCAUCAGAGGACGCCAUCGCCCACGUGACCCAUGCCAUCAAUAGGAACGAUUCGGGCACCACUGUGUUCGGCAACGUGUCACUCGGCACGAACAGGGCGUUGAUCGAUGCUGUAGUGGCAUAUGUCGGUAAUUUUGCCGUGAAAAGGGCCCACCAGGAUGGAAAUCUCUUCGUCCCUGGCGCCACCGAUGUUUCCACCCUCUCGCUCCUGGUUCACGAACUGGGUCCAGAGCAGCGAUACUUCCUUCUUUCGAGAAUCAUGGACGAAUUGCGGUAUCCGAACCACCCUAACACCAAUUAUUUCAGCCACGUCUUGUUGGAGCAAUGGGGCCACGACAUCAAUGAUCCAGAGGAAGUUGACAUUCGACAGCAGCUUGUGCGCAUUAUUCUCGAGCGUUUCUCCGGAUUCUGGCCGCAGCCAUGGGGUUUGAUGUACAUGGUCAUAGAACUUACAAAGAACGACAAGUACAUGUUCUUCGACCAGCCCUUCAUCAAAGCCGCGCCCGAGGUGGGAGACAAAUUUCAGGCCAUCUACCGGACCGUCGCUGAUCUUGCCUAG